UCAUAGAAAUUUUAGCGAAAAUGUUUGUGAUACCCUUUACACUUUUACUUUUUAUUACAAUACUGUAUUAUUUUUACCAAGUAAAUAAAUACAAAGUACUUGAUGAUUAUCCUGGGCCAACACCCUUAGAAUUAAUCAAAUUUAUGUUAUUACCAAAAUCAACAACUGAUACUUAUGAAUUCUUCGUUUCUUUAAGCAAGAAAUAUGGUCCAGUUGUUAAAAUUUGGAUAAAACCUUUUAGACCAUCUCUUCUCGUUUCCGAUGGAAAAUUUGUUAAGAACAUUUUAUUAUCGAAAGAACACGUUAACAAAACGGGAUAUUUUGGUUUAUUACGAACGUUUGUAGGAGAUGGAUUACCCCUUAUGAGCGAUAUAAGUUUAUGGAGACAAGAACGAAAAACGUUUUCACACGUUUUCAACAACCAAUUCAUCAUCGAUUAUAUAUCAACGUUCAAAACACACGCUAUUAAAUUGAGCGAAGCGAUAAACGAAAAUUUAAAUAAACCAGUUGAUUUGCAAGUACUAAUAUUACGUCAUGGAUUAAAUAUUGUUUACGAUUUAUUACUUAAUGAAGAUAUUAGUAAACAAGAUGAUCGUGUAAACCGUUACAUGAAAUCUUUGAGAACAUUUUUUGGGGUGUAUUAUGAUAGAAUUAACUCUCCUCUGAAAAUGAUUGAUAGCAUAUUUAAAUUAACCGAAAAUUAUAAAAUUUGGACUAAUACUUCUAUUGAAUCCAAGAAAUUCAUUGAAAGUACAUUAAAACAAGUUAUUGAAUUAAAAAAGAACAAUACAUCGGGAAAAAGUGAUCGAAAGGAUUUUGUUGAUUUACUUUUAGAAUCUAAUUUGAGCUAUGAUAGGAUUUUAGAAAACAUUCGGACUUUAGCCGUUGCUGGUUCCGAUACCGUUUCAGCUUCAUCUGGUUUUGCUCUUUAUGAACUUGCUAAAAAACCUGAAUUGCAAGAAAAAAUUUAUCAGGAAUACAUUUCCAUUUUAGGAACCGAUAAGAAUGUGUGUGCAGAGUUUAGGGAUAUCCAACAAAUGACUUUUACUGAAUGCGUUAUAAAAGAAAGUUUAAGACUUUAUCCUCCAGUUCCCUUUAUUUUUAGGGCUUUACUUAAUUCAACAGAAAUUGGUGGUAAAAUUGUUCCUGGUGAUAUCGAUAUUAUAUUUUCAAUAAUCGAUUCCCACUAUUCAAAUUUUGAUGAUCCCGCGGAGUUUAAACCGGAAAGAUUUCUUCCAGAAAAUGCCUCCAAUAUCCCAGCAAAUGCUUAUUUUCCUUUUUCAUUAGGACCGCGAGAUUGUAUAGGUAAAAUAGUUGCAAUUGUCGAAUCGAAAUUUUUACUUAGCUACAUCAUCAGAAAUUAUACAGUGCAUCCAAUUGAUGAUCAUCAAAUUGAUUUAUGUGGUGAAAUUGUUUUAACUAGCAAAACUGGUCUACCAGUUAUUUUUAAAAAGAGGAUUAACUAAAUAUUUGAUUUAUUUAUAAAACUUUUUGAAGCAAAAGUGGUUGGGUUGUGUUUGUCAUCGUACCUACGCUUUCAAUAUAAACUUUUAAAGAUAGUGUAACAAUUCUUAAUUAUUGUAAAAAUAAAAUUUUAUUUGACAUUUA